GCCAGAAGAAGAUAUGCUUUUCUUUUGAUUUUACCACUUGGAAAAUGUUACCUCUUCCGGCCGUCUAUCACUUUCCUUGUGAGGUCAGCACAUUAAAAGAUGGAGCGUCAGUUCGAACAUUUGGCAGACUUACAAGUUACAAGCCAGAGGGUUGCCAAGCCAUUCUGACUGGUCAGCAAUCUUCUGCACAGUGCCAUGUCUCAAUACAGACAACACUUGUUGAACCUUUCCAGCCUAUAAUUGGAGCUCAGUAUUUUGUUCUUGGUGAAAUCGAAAGGACUAAUGAAUUAAGUGGAGUUUUACUGUGUGCCCGUGCUUUGGCUUGUGUUGAUGCAAUAGACCUCAGACUAAUGCAAGAAGCCAUUGUGGAACAGAGAUCUUUCUUUACAUCGAGGUCUGAGUUGAAUGCACAAGCUUUAUUUUGUCACAAUCAAGGUGACAAUCAGGUCUGAACUGCUUAUUGUUUUUGUCAAACCCCUCUAAAGCAAACAAGUGUUAGAUUUUUAAAGAUGUAAAUAGUUAGAUUUUGUUUAGAUUUAGAUUUUGAUUGUUUUUGUGUCCAAUAGUAAAAAUAAAUCCUAUUCCUGUAAUAAAAGAGGAAAACCAGA